AUGGCGCACACCGCGGGACCUGUUAAUGUCCCCAAGCAGUUCGUGCUCUGCUUCGACGGCACGGGGAACAAGUUUGCGGGUGACGAGUCGGACAGCAAUGUGCUGAAGAUCUUCCGCAUGCUGGACCGAAGUCAGAGCCAUCAAUACCAUUACUAUCAGCCCGGUAUUGGCACUUACGUGACCUCCAAGUCGCUUUCUAGUACCAGUCGCUUUCAGCGCAUCAAGUCCGCCUACCAGAAGGCCAAGGACUCCGCGGUUGGAUCGUCCUUUGACGAACAUGUGAUGGGUGGAUACAAGUUCCUGAUGCGCUACUACUCCCCCGGCGACGAGAUCUACUUUAUCGGAUUCAGUCGUGGCGCUUACAUUGCGCGAUUCCUGGCGGAGAUGCUGGACUACAUCGGCCUGCUGGAAGCCGGGAACGAGGAACUCAUCCGGUUCGCAUGGAAAACAUUCGCCAAGUGGCAGCAGCGAAUGGGAGAAACAGAAGAGGAGAAGGAAGAAAAGAAGAAGCUGUUCCACUAUAUGAAGGCAUUCCGUGAGACAUUCAGUCGUCCCAUCUCGCGUAUCCGGUUCAUGGGUCUCUUCGACACCGUAAACAGCGUACCGCGCUUCGAGUCCGCGUGGAUGCAGCGCACCAAGUUCCCCUAUACUGCACGCAGUUCCGCCAAGGUGAUCCGUCACGCGGUUGGGAUUGACGAGCGUCGUGCCAAAUUCCGCCAGGACCUGAUCUCCGGACGUCGACCAGAGCAUGACAAGAGCCACCUCCAUCGUCCGCACUUUGACCGGCAUCAUCUGCAAGAGCAUCUGCAUCAUCACAUGGAUGCCAACCAUCACCUACGUCUCCAUCACGAGGAGAACCCGGAGGCCGUCCCUACCAUCCAGGUGAACGAUAACGGCCAGCAAGAUACUGAAAAGGAAUCCGAGCAUCCCGCAUUUCAAAGCCCGGGAUGGGGUCCUGGUCCAGGCGAGACGUACUACCGCACUCCGCACGGCUCAGCUCCUCACAGCUCGCAUCAAGGCAGUGAGAGUAACUUCGAGGGCGAGCAAGGUCACCCUCGCUAUCGCGCGCCCUCCCCUCGGCGCACCAGUCUCGCUGUGCCCCAUCAGGGUCCCUCGGCGGACGAUGCCUCGUCUGUGCACAGUGGACAAAGUGGACGUUCUAUACCCUUGUCGACCCAGUUACCGAGCCACGGCGACUAUGACGACGAAGAUGAUCAGGAUAUCCAUGAGAUUUGGUUCCCAGGCUGUCACGCAGACAUUGGCGGUGGCUGGAAACUGCAAGGAGGGGAGCUGUGGGCGCUCAGUCAUGCGCCGCUGGUGUGGAUGGUGCAGGAGGCCAGGAAGGCCGGGCUUCAGCUAGAUGAGCGUAAGAUGAAGCAAUUCCAGUGCUUGGAGGAGUUUGACGGGGACUACACUGCAAUCCGCGAAGAGAUCGGUGCUCGGCGCCUUAGCACGGUCAAUCAGUGUCGCGAGGACCACAACGAGACGGACGAAGCCUACCGCUCGGCGCCCAACGAGAAGGAACGGUCAGCUGCCAGCCGCGAUUUCUGGCAUGCACUGCACACCGCGAGCACAAAGGGUCUGCUGCACGACUGCCUGGAAUUUAACCAGGGUCUGCCAACGCUCUCGGUCAUCUCUUGGCGGAUCAUGGAGUGGCUUCCCUUUCGGCGAAUGGAUCUUCAGGCCGACGGGACCUGGAAACCGAUCAGCUGGCCGCUACCACGCGGAGAGGUACGAGAUGUGCCAUUGGAUGCUGAGAUACACAUCUCAGCCAUUCGCCGGAUGCAAGCCGAUCCCAGCUAUCGGCCCGGUAAUGUCAUUGUCGGAGGGGGUGGCCGAGGUGUGCGCAAGGCACCGACCGAGCGUGGUAUGGGCGACUGGGUUGUUUACAAGAACGAGGGCGACGGGAUUCGCGAGACCUACGUCCGCAAGAGCGAAGCCACCAAGUGCGAGGAGGGACAUGGGGUCACCGCAUAG